AUGUUAUCCAAUCCUAGAGAAGUCGAGAAAAUUAGUCAAGCUUGUGUCAAUGAAGAGAUCGUUUGGCACCUGAACCCGCCAAAAGCACCACACUUUGGAGGGCUCUGGGAGGCAGCCGUAAAGGUUGCCAAAUCUCAACUAUAUCGACAGGUUGGUGGAUCCCGUUUGUCCUACGAGGAUAUGUCUACAGUCCUGGCCGAAAUCGAAGCUGCAAUGAAUUCGCGGCCAAUCGUUCCAAUGUCUGAAGACCCGAAUGACUGCACAGCACUCACACCUGCUCAUUUCCUAAUUGGAACAAGCAUGCAUGCAGAACCCGAUCCUGACUUAAGCGAAAUCCCAUUCACUCGUCUCGACCACUAUCAACGAUUGCAGCAGUUGUUUCAACAAUUUUGGCACCACUGGAGGACGGAGUACCUCCAAGAGCUCCAACGGGAUACCUGCGGACACCGCCCUAAUACUGAGAUUCGACCUGGUAGAUUGGCAGUAAUAGUAGAUGACUUCCAGCAUCCUGUUCGUUGGCCUAUCGCCCGCAUCAUUGCAGUGCAUCCUGGAAAGGACAAUCUUGUACGCGUUGUCACACUGCGAACACCAAAGGGAGACUUCACGAGACCCAUAACGAAGAUAUGUUUACUACCAGAUGAGACUCCGGCACAGCUUCCAGUAAAUGAAAAAUAG